CACACACACACACACACACACACACACAUCCAGAUCGGGCUUGUUUUUGUGGUCGCCGUCCGCAACCCUGUGUGUUCAAUGUCCCCUUAAAACAAACACGACAAUUAUGUGGGUCAGUCCCGAAGAUGUGUUACUGGCGGGCGCAUUAUGGAUCACAGAGAGAGCAAAUCCGUAUUUCAUCCUCCAGAAACGGAAGGGCCACGGGGGUGGAGGCGGAGGACUGGCGGGUUUGCUGGUGGGGACCCUGGAUGUCGUCCUGGACUCGAGUGCUCGAAUGGCCCCGUAUAGGAUUCUGUACCAGACCCCUGACUCUUUAGUCUACUGGAUCAUUGCUCAUGGAACCUCCCGUAAAGAGAUCACGGAGCACUGGGAGUGGCUGGAACAUAACCUGCUGCAGACUCUUUCCAUCUUUGAAAAUGAGAAUGACAUUACCACCUUUGUCAAAGGAAAGGUCCAGGGCAUCAUUGCAGAGUACAACAAAAACCACGACAUCAAAGAGGACGACGACACAGACAAGUUCAAGGAGGCCAGCGCCAAGUUUCGCAAGCUGUUUGGGAUGCCCGAGGAGGAGAAGCUGGUCAAUUAUUACUCCUGCAGCUACUGGAAGGGCAAAGUCCCACGGCAGGGAUGGCUCUACCUCAGCAUCAACCACAUCUGCUUCUACUCCUACUUACUAGGAAAAGAAGCCAAACUGGUGGUGCGUUGGGCAGAUAUCACCCAGCUAGAGAAGAGUGCCACGCUCCUACUGCCUGAUGUGAUCAAGGUGAGCACACGCUCCAAUGAACACGUCUUCUCCGUCUUCCUCAACAUCAAUGAGACCUUCAAGCUGGCGGAGCAGCUGGCAAACAUCGCCAUGCGUCAGCUCCUGGACAACAAAGGCUUCGAACAGGACCGCUCGCUGCCCAAACUCAAGAAGAAGUCACCGAAGAAGGUGUCGGCACUCAAGAGGGAUCUGGAUGCGAGAGCUAAGAGUGAGCGUUACAGGGCACUCUUCCGUCUGCCCAAAGAUGAAAAACUGGAUGGACACACAGACUGCACCUUGUGGACCCCCUUUAACAAGAUGCACAUCCUGGGUCAGAUGUUUGUUUCCACCAACUACAUCUGCUUCACCAGCAAGGAAGAGACGCUGUGUAGCCUCAUCAUUCCCUUACGUGAGGUGACCAUCGUAGAGAAAGCAGACAGCUCCAACGUGCUGCCCAGCCCGCUCUCCAUCAGUACCAAGAAUCGUAUGACUUUCCUGUUUGCUAACCUGAAGGACCGAGACUUUCUGGUGCAGAGGAUCUCUGACUUCCUGCAGCAGACCACCUCCAAGAUCUACCUCGAGAGGGAACUUACUGGCAGCCUCAACAGCUCAGACGAUGAGGUUUACUCCCAGCAUGGAUCCCUGCUCUCCAGCAGCCCGCAGAACAGUUUGGGUUCAGAUAGUGAGCGAACAUUUAACUUGAAUGACAGCAGCGUGCCUACGGCCACACAGGCCCUCAUGACCAUGUACCGCCGUCGUUCUCCCGAGGAGUUCAAUCCCAAGCUGGCAAAGGAGUUCCUGAAAGAGCAGGCCUGGAAGAACCACUUCACUGAGUUUGGACAGGGGGUGUGCAUGUACCGCACUGAGAAGACGAAGGACCUGGUCCUCAAGGGGAUUCCUGAGAGCAUGAGGGGGGAGCUCUGGCUGCUCUUCUCUGGGGCAAUCAACGAGAUGGCCACCCACCCCGGAUACUACGAAGACCUGGUAGAGAAGUCGAUGGGCAAAUAUAACCUGGCAACAGAGGAGAUAGAGAGGGACCUGCACCGCUCUCUCCCUGAGCACCCCGCCUUUCAAAACGAGAUGGGCAUCGCUGCCCUCCGCAGGGUCCUCACCGCAUAUGCAUUCAGAAACCCCAACAUCGGAUACUGUCAGGCCAUGAAUAUUGUGACAUCAGUUUUAUUGCUCUACGCCAAAGAAGAGGAGGCUUUUUGGCUGCUCGUGGCGCUCUGUGAGAGGAUGCUACCUGACUACUACAACACCAGAGUCGUAGGAGCUUUAGUCGAUCAGGGGGUGUUCGAGGAGCUCGCUCGCGAGUACGUUCCCCAGCUGUACGACUGCAUGCAGGACCUCGGGGUCAUCUCCACUAUUUCGCUCUCCUGGUUCCUCACCCUCUUCCUGUCUGUCAUGCCGUUCGAGAGCGCCGUGGUGGUGGUGGAUUGCUUCUUCUACGAUGGCAUCAAGGUCAUCUUCCAGCUGGCACUCUCCGUGCUGCACGCCAACAUCCACCAGCUGCUGGGCUGCAAGGACGACGGCGAGGCCAUGACUGUACUGGGCAGGUACUUGGACAGUGUGACCAAUAAGGACAGCACCCUGCCUCCCAUCCCCCACCUACACUCUUUACUGACAGACAAUGGAGAACCGCAUCCAGAGGUCGACAUCUUCAAACUGGUCCGCAGUUCCUAUGAGAAAUUUGGCUCCAUACGUGCAGAUGUGAUUGAACAGAUGCGUUUCAAACAGAGACUGAGGGUCAUCCAAACUAUUGAAGAUACAACAAAACGCAAUGUGGUUAGAACUAUUGUAACAGAGACUUCCUUCAUUAUCGAUGAGUUGGAGGAACUCUUUGUGCUCUUCAAGGCAGAGCACCUGACCAGCUGCUACUGGGGCGGCAGCAGCAACCCCACAGAGCGGCAUGACCCCAGCUUGCCCUACCUGGAGCAGUAUCGCAUCGACGUGGAACAGUUCAAAGGACUGUUCAACCUGCUCUUCCCCUGGGCCAACGGAGCCCACUCGGACCCGCUGGCAAUGCGCUUCUUUCGUCUCCUUGACCAAAACGGAGAUGCCCUCAUCAAUUUCCGGGAAUUCAUAAGUGGCCUUGGUGUUCUGUAUCAUGGCGACCUCACUGAGAAACUGAAGCUCCUCUACAAGAUGCAUGUUUUACCUGAGUUGACUCACGAACAGGAAGAGCCCGACUCUGCCUUCGAGGCCACUCAGUACUUCUUUGAAGACAUUACUCCGGAAACAUCCAUUGGCCAGGACCCAAAAUGCAGAAGUGAGAAGGAUGAUGGAUUUGUCAGAGUUACAUUUAAGACUGAAAAAGUGAAGAAACUGAACACUCCUGAUUACCGUCAUUACCUGAAACUGUGGAAUCAGGAGACUAAGCCUAAACGGGAAAACACAAAAGAUCUUCCAAAGCUGAAUCAGGGUCAGUUCAUCGAGCUUUGCAAGACCCUCUACAGCAUGUUCAGUGAGGAUGUGGCAGAACAGGAGCUCUAUCACGCCACAGCCACAGUCACCAGUUUGCUGCUGGAAAUGGGAGAGGUGGGAAAGCUCUUCUCCUCUGGUAGGAAAGACCACAACCAAGAAGGCAGAUCAGAGCCAGAUCCUAAAACCUCACAGGAAGAGGGGCCUGAUGGCGUGUUCCAGCAGCAGAAUCGGGAAGACGUUUUUGUCUCUGCGUGUUUGGAAAACAAGCCGAGCCCCUGUGAGGAAGGGAAAGGGGACGAAGGCUGCGACCAGCUGCCACCUAUGCAAGACAUCAAGUUAGAGGACUCGUCUCCCAAAGACACAGGCACGUCGUCCGCUAUGCUUAUUUCUGAUGAUGAAACCAAAGAUGACACGUCGAUGUCAUCUUACUCAGUGCUCAGCGCAGGCUCACAUGAGCUGGAUGAGAAGCUGCAGUGUGAGGACAUUGCAGACGACACAGUGCUGGUGCUCAGCGACAAUGUCUCCAAUGGUGAAAGAGGUAACCGGCCUCACGGCGGUGGACCCCACAGCCGAGGGCUGCCUCACAGCACAAGCAUUGAUAAAGACUGGGCCAUCACGUUUGAGCAGUUCCUGGCCUCCGUGCUCACUGAGCAGGCCCUGGUGCAUUAUUUUGAGAAGCCAGUGGAGGUGGCAGCUCGUAUAAUUAACGCCAAGAAUGUGCGUAAAGUCGGGCGCCCCCUGCUGUCAACAAGUGACUAUGAGAUCUCGCUCUCUGGCUGA